AUGGUGGUAGCGGUCCCCGAUGAGACGAAUCUGGUCCGUGAACCUCCGUUAUUGGUGAAACAGACUAGUGCCAACUUUAUGGAUUCUGUCGAAGGCCGACUUCUGCGAGGAUACUCGAGUAAAGAGGAAGAGAGGGUGGGAUUCGGCACACUCGUCAAUGCUAAGAUUCUUGACGCGGAAAUUACUCCCAAGGAGCUACGCAAGGCGCUGGGCUUUUCCCGCAAGUUCGGGAUCGAGGAACUCAAGAAGCUGGAUUCAACCACAAAGCGAAAAUGA